UGAUGUCAAAGCAAUGCAUUAUCCAGGCAAAUCAGCUAGUUUAAAAGAAUUUUUUUUUAAAGCCAAAAUGGCCAAACACCAAAGUUUCUUCAUUUUGUUAAUCACCAUAAUUGUUAUUUGUUUAGUUGUAGCAUUUGAAACCAAACUGGUAGAGGGAGAUUUGGAUGGCAAUGGAUGGAAAAAUGCCCAUGCUACAUUUUAUGGAGACAUGAAGGGUGGCGAAACCAUGAAGGGAGCUUGUGGUUAUGGAAAUUUGUUCCACCAAGGUUAUGGCCUGGAAACAGCAGCACUAAGCACAGCACUAUUUAACAAUGGUGCAACCUGUGGAGCUUGCUUUCAAAUAAUGUGUGCCAAUGCUCCUCAAUGGUGCAAUAGAGGCGUAGUCAUAACUAUAACCGCCACCAAUUUCUGCCCUCCAAAUUACACAAAAACUGUAGACAUUUGGUGCAAUCCUCCACAAGAACACUUUGAUUUAUCAAUGCCUAUGUUCUUGAAAAUUGCCAAAUAUAAAGCCGGGGUUGUCCCUGUAGUUUACAGAAAGGUCAAUUGUCACAAAAAAGGAGGGCUCAAGUUUGAGAUCAAAGGAAAUCAUUAUUGGAUUCUUGUUCUUGUGUACAAUGUGGGUGGUGCUGGAGAUGUUGUCAAUGUCAAAAUCAAAGGAUCUAAAACUGGAUGGUUACCGAUGUCACGAAAUUGGGGCCAAAAUUGGGAGACUUCCGAGAAGUUGCUAGGACAGAGCUUGUCUUUCCAAGUACAAACUAGUGAUGGUCGAUGGGUUCAAUCUGAUAAUGUUGUUCCAGAUAACUGGCAAUUUGGUCAGACAUUCGAAGCCAAGAAUAAUUUUAUUUGAUGAUGUAUUGUAGAAAAUAAGUAUUCUUGAAUCAAUGUAGUCUAAAUUUCUUUUCUCCAA